AUGGACUUUGAUGAUGAAGAUGGAGAGGGACCCAGCAAAUUUUCAAGGUAUGAUGCUGAUCAAAUCUCUGGUGAUAAGGAAAAGUUUGCAAGGGAGAAUCACAGUGAGAUUGAGAGACGCAGGAGAAAUAAGAUGACACAGUACAUCACUGAGCUGUCUGACAUGGUGCCCACUUGUAGCGCCCUGGCUCGGAAGCCCGACAAGCUGACUAUUCUUCGGAUGGCGGUUUCACACAUGAAAUCCAUGCGGGGCACUGGGAACAAAUCUACUGAUGGAGCUUACAAGCCUUCAUUUCUUACAGAACAGGAACUGAAACAUCUUAUCCUGGAGGCUGCAGAUGGGUUCCUGUUUGUAGUUGCAGCAGAGACGGGAAGAGUGAUCUACGUAUCAGACUCUGUGACUCCUGUGCUGAACCAGCCCCAGUCUGAAUGGUUUGGCAGCACUUUGUAUGAACAGGUUCAUCCAGAUGAUGUGGAAAAGCUGAGAGAGCAACUGUGUACAUCUGAGAACUCUAUGACAGGACGAAUCCUCGACUUGAAGACUGGAACAGUGAAGAAAGAGGGUCAGCAGUCCUCAAUGAGAAUGUGCAUGGGAUCAAGGCGUUCCUUCAUUUGCAGGAUGAGAUGUGGAAAUGCUCCUCUGGAUCAUUUACCCCUGAACAGAAUAACCACCAUGAGAAAAAGAUACAGGAAUGGCCUUGGCCCAGUAAAAGAAGGUGAAGCCCAGUAUGCUGUUGUCCAUUGCACUGGCUAUAUCAAGGCUUGGCCACCAGCAGGAAUGACUAUACCAGAGGAAGAUGCUGAUGUGGGACAAGGUAGCAAAUAUUGCCUCGUGGCAAUAGGAAGGCUGCAGGUAACCAGCUCUCCAGUGUGCAUGGACAUGAAUGGCAUGUCAGUCCCAACUGAGUUCUUGUCUAGGCACAAUUCUGAUGGAGUCAUCACCUUUGUCGACCCAAGGUGCAUCAGUGUCAUUGGCUACCAGCCCCAGGAUCUUCUGGGGAAAGAUAUUUUAGAAUUCUGCCAUCCUGAAGAUCAAAGCCAUUUGAGAGAGAGUUUCCAACAGGUUGUGAAACUGAAAGGUCAAGUCCUGUCUGUGAUGUAUCGUUUUCGUACCAAAAACCGGGAGUGGAUGCUGAUCAGAACCAGCAGCUUCACGUUUCAGAAUCCUUACUCUGAUGAGAUCGAGUACAUCAUCUGCACCAACACCAACGUCAAACAACUUCAGCAGCAGCAAGCAGAACUUGAAGUACAUCAAAGAGAUGGGCUGUCCUCCUACGACUUAUCUCAGGUGCCUGUUCCAAGUAUACCAGCUAAUGUUCACGAAGGUGGAAAGUCUGUGGAAAAGCCUGAUGCUAUUUUCUCCCAAGAGAGAGAUCCUAGAUUUGCUGAGAUGUUUGCUGGAAUAACUGCUUAUAAAAAAAUGAUGGCCUCAGCAUCCACAGCAGGAAACCAGCAGCUUUACUCCCAGGGAAGCCCAUUUCAGCCCGGACAUUCAGGAAAGACUUUCAGUUCAUCUGUGGUACAUGUCCCUGGUGUGAACGACAUCCAGUCUUCUUCAUCAACGGGCCAGAAUCUGACACAGAUAUCUCGCCAGCUAAACCAGAGUCAGGUUGCCUGGACAGGAAAUCGCCCACCGUUUCCAGGACAGCAAAUUCCAUCUCAGUCUGGCAAGGCUCAGUCAUCUCCCUUUGGGAUUGGAACAAGUCAUACCUACCCAGCUGAUCCAUCAUCCUACAGUCCCCUUUCCAGCCCAGCCACCUCUUCUCCAAGUGGGAAUGCCUACUCCAGCCUAGCAAACCGAAGUGCAGGGUUUGCUGAAGGUGGCCAGAGCAGCAGCCAGUUCCAGGGGAGACCUUCUGAAGUCUGGUCCCAGUGGCAGAGCCAACACCACAACCAGCAAAGCAGUGACCAGCAUUCACACCCACAGCCCAGUCAGACCGAGGUCUUCCAGGACAUGCUGCCCAUGCCAGGGGAUCCGACGCAGGGAACUGGCAAUUACAACAUUGAAGAUUUUGCUGACCUGGGCAUGUUUCCACCAUUUUCUUUGUAG